UGUUUAUUGUUUAAUAAUUGGUUUGGUUUCCUUUGAUCACCAUGACCAAAAUAAGGUUUGAUGAAAAUUAUGAAUAUGGUUUAAUUGUUAUAUGUCUCCUUUUGGUGUUAAAUUUGAUUGCCAUGGCCAUUAAAAGGCUGCAACCUGUUGUCAAAGAUGUUCCCACAACGAUUAAACAACCUCGAUUUCGUAAACGGGAUAAAGUCAUUUUCUUUGGACGGAAAAUGUUACGAAAGGUUCGAACAUCUUUCCAAAAAUCUGGUAACCAUAGGAUUUUCCGUCUUAAUCCUUACCUUCAUCCUGAAUUUAUUAGUUUAAGGCCAACAUCUACCUUUACCAAUGUUACCAUUAUUGGUGCUUCUGAUGAUGUUCCAUUGGAAGCUUUUUGUAUUGAGCUUAAUCAGGCGUUAACAGCUCUUGGAACUGUGAUUACCCUUUCCUCUGAUUAUAUUCGUGAGGUUCUUGGUCAAAGAGCAUUUGAUGUCUCCAAUGAAGCUAAAUUGUCUUCCUGGUUGAAAGAACAAAAAGAUCAACAUCAGCUUAUACUCUAUCAAUGUGAUCGAACCUUUACAACUUGGAGUCAUCGUUGUAUUCGUGCUGCUGAUUGUAUUCUUGUCGUUGGAUUAGCCAAUUCACCUCCUACCAUUGGUCGAGUGGAAAGACAACUUGACUCAAUUGCAGUGAAUACUCAAAAGGAACUCGUUCUUCUACAUAGUAAUCCCUCCAAAUCUCCAGAAAAUACUGUUCUCUGGUUAAACAUGAGAGCUUGGUGCUCUUGGCAUCAUCACAUUCGAUGUCCAAAAAGAAUGUUCAUCAAAAAAUCUCCUAUGGAAAUGAAAGAAUAUUAUUCAAUUGUUACUUCUGAGCCUAUUGCCGUCCAUUCAGAUCUUUCCCGAUUAGCUCGAUGUCUAACUGGUACUUCUGUUGGAUUAGUUUUAGGCGGAGGUGGUGCUCGUGGAUCAGCUCAUGCGGGUAUGAUUAAAGCCAUUAUGGAGGCAGGAAUUCCUAUUGACAUGAUUGGUGGUGUUUCCAUUGGUGCCUUUAUGGGUGCUCUUUACUGCCAAGAAGGUGAUUACAACAAAUUUAAUCAAAAAGCUCGUCGUUGGGCUCUAGAAAUGACCUCAUAUUGGAGACAAAUUCUCGAUUUAACCUACCCUGUUACCGCGAUGUUUUCUGGUGCAGCUUUUAACCGAACAAUUCAUAAUGUAUUCGGUGAGAAACAAGCUGAAGAUUUAUGGUUACCCUUUUUCUGUAUCACUACCGAUAUCUCGUCAAGUUGCAUGAGAAUCCAUAGAUAUGGUUCUCUCUGGCGUUAUGUUAGAUCUUCUAUGUCUCUUUCUGGUUAUUUACCUCCUCUUUGUGAUCCAGUCGAUGGUCAUCUACUUCUAGAUGGUGGCUAUGUAAAUAAUUUACCUGCUGAUGUGAUGAAAGAAGUCAUGGGAGCUCAUACAACUCUCGCUGUGGAUGUCGGAAGUCAAGAUGAAACCGAUUUAUACAAUUAUGGAGAUACUCUUAAUGGCUGGUGGUUACUUUGGAAAAGAUGGAAUCCAUGGGCCACCCCAGUUAAAGUUCCCAGUUUACCCGAGAUACAAUCUCGCCUCGCCUUUGUUAGUUGUGUUAGACAAUUGGAAAGAGUUAAAAAUAGCUCUUACUGUACAUACAUUCGUCCACCAAUUGAUAGAUUUAAAACCUUUCAAUUUGGUAGUUACGAUGAAAUUAUGAAUGUUGGUUAUUCUUAUGGAAAUACUUUUUUCAACGAUGAAAAAUUUGAUUCAUUAAUCGCUAAAAUUAACUGAAUCACAAUUAAUAGUCUACUUUCUCUCUCUCUCUCUCCUCUUUGUAAAUUAAUCCUUUCACUUUCACUCUCUAUCUCCUAAUAAUCACAAAAAAAAACCAAAUCAAAUUACCAUUUAAUAUACAUAUUUUUUUUGUAAAAUUAAUAUUUAAAUUUAAUUGAUAAAUGCCCUUCUUUUAAUUUAAUCAUUUCAUUUACCCAACGAUAAAACAAAAAUCUAGACAAAGUUAACAA